AUGUCUGCUGGAUCAGUCCUCGUCACCGGUGGAACGGGCUACAUUGGCUCUUUCACCACCCUUGCCUUGUUGCAGGCUGGCUACAAGGUUGUUGUCGCUGACAACCUGUACAAUUCUUCCGCUGAGGCUCUGAACCGCAUUGAGUUGAUCUGCGGCAAGAAGCCCGAGUUUGCCCAGCUGGAUGUCACCGAUGAGGCCGCUUUCGACAAGGUCUUCCAGGCCCACCCCGACAUUGACAGUGUCAUUCACUUCGCUGCCCUCAAGGCCGUCGGAGAGUCCGGUGAGAAGCCGCUGGACUACUGGCACGUCAACGUCUACGGCACCAUCUGCCUUCUCCGCUCCAUGGUCCGCAACAAUGUCACCAACAUCGUCUUCUCCAGCUCUGCCACCGUCUACGGUGAUGCCACUCGCUUCCCCAACAUGAUCCCCAUCCCCGAGGACUGCCCUCUGGGUCCCACCAACCCCUACGGCAACACCAAGUUCGCCGUUGAGACCGCCAUCACCGACCUGAUCAACGCUCAGCGCAACAACGCCAUCAAGGCCGGCAAGGAGGCCGAUGCUCAGAAGUGGAACGGUGCCCUGCUCCGUUACUUCAACCCCGCCGGUGCUCACCCCAGUGGUAUCAUGGGCGAGGACCCCCAGGGUGUCCCCUACAACCUGCUCCCUCUUCUGGCUCAAGUUGCCACUGGCAAGCGUGAGAAGCUGCUCGUGUUCGGCGAUGACUACGCCUCCCACGACGGAACCGCCAUCCGUGACUACAUCCACAUUCUCGACCUGGCUGACGGCCACUUGAAGGCUCUCAACUACCUCCGCGCCAACAACCCCGGUGUCCGUGCCUGGAACUUGGGUACCGGCAAGGGCAGCACGGUCUACGAGAUGAUCCGUGCCUUCUCCGCCGCCGUGGGCCGCGACCUCCCCUACGAGGUCGCUCCCCGCCGUGCCGGCGACGUCCUCAACCUCACCUCCAACCCUAGCCGGGCCAACCAAGAGCUGGGCUGGAAGGCCGAGCACACCCUCGAGCAGGCCUGCGAGGACCUCUGGCUCUGGACCCGCAACAACCCCGAGGGAUACCGGCAACAGCCCCCUGCCGAGCUCCUCGAGAAGCUCAAGCACUAA